AUGCUCUCAAGAUAUAUGCUUAGAACACCAAUUUUAAAGAGAACGCUUCUAACUCAAGCCUCUAAAACCUUCGUUGCUACUCCUUUAAACUCCAAAUUAUUACUUGCAACAAAGGCAGGUUCACAGAUAAGAAAGUAUUCAUCGCAUGGAGAUGAAGAAACAUUCGAAGAAUUUACUGCAAGAUAUGAAAAGGAAUUCGAUGAAGCUUAUGACUUAUUCGAAGUACAAAGAGUAUUGAAUAAUUGUUUCUCUUACGAUUUGGUCCCUGCUCCUGCUGUAGUGGAAAAAGCAUUGAGAGCAGCUAGAAGAGUUAAUGAUCUACCUACUGCUAUGAGGGUUUUUGAAGCUUUGAAAUUUAAAGUGGAAAAUGAAGACCAAUAUAAGGCUUAUUUGGAUGAACUGAAAGACGUUAGAGAAGAAUUGGGUGUUCCAUUGAAAGAAGAAUUAUUUGCUGAGAAAUCAGAAACUACUGCUUAG